GAUGUGGUCUGCUGGGGGUGGGGGAGGGAUGUUUGAAAAAAAAUGAAUCCGCUCCAAAACCCCAGUCCUGUUUCGGGGAGGCAGUUCUGGCAAGGUGAAGGUUAGGCGGGAUCGGGGCGUCAAGGCUGGCGUCUGCCCGCCUGACCACCCACCGGCUAGCGAGGCCACCGCGGUUCCCGCUGGGAGAGGAAACACGGCUGUGGCUUGUGAGAGGUGGCCGGGCAGUGCGGCCCUCGCCCGUGGCCGCCUUCUUCAGAGUUGGUCUUCGGUGGGGAUGGGGCAGCUGAGCCAUGUGCACUACCCUCUUCCUGCUCAGCUUGGCCAUGCUGUGGCGCCGCAGAUUCACCAACAACCGGGUGGAACCGGAGCCCAGCACAGUGGAUGGGGCAGUUGUGGGGAGCAGCUCCGACACUGACUGUCCAUCUUCCGGCAGGGAGAAAGGACCUCUGAAGUAGGCCCCCACUUCUUCAGGCAGCUCGGCUCUGUGACCCAGCCAGCUGGAGUCCUCGUUCAACCCCUAUCCCGGGAGAAUGCUGUGGGGGCUGGAGCAACAGCAGGAGCGAGAAUGGGAGAAGCAGCCACGGAGAAGACCUCAGUUUCCCCACUCAGUAAACAUGGGGAAUCUGCAUGGCCUGGUGCUGAGAUGUGAAGAUCUCAUGACCUCCCCAGGAAGGGAAGCGGCUGGAGGAGCUCCAGGGCUGCUUAGACUAUCUCCACCGAGAGAGACUCCGGUGCUGCGUCUGGCGGUGCUGACAAGGAUGUGCCCACGUGACAAACACUUAUGGAGUGCCUGUGUGCCACAGUGCAAAACCAGAUUCAGAACACCUGUCAAAUCCAACCAGAAACUGGACAAGACGUAAGAAGCAGGCAUGACAGUGGGUGGCACGCAAGACGGUGACCCUGUGACUGUCUCAGCCUCUGCUCAGAAUCAAUCUCUCGUCAGGAAGGAAAACCAGAGCAGG